GUUCAGGACUGUGAAGCUGGCUAUUCAGGACUGUUGUGGUUCACUUUUUGUUUAGGAUCUCGUCAGUGGGUCGGUAUCGUAGUGUUUUGUUUCUCACCUCCUGUCUUGAGUGGGUUUAUAUUCCGAGGAGAGGGGGGAGUCAGUCAUGUUUCACUAACUGCUUCCUGCCACUACUUCACGUCUGCGUGGGGUUUUAUGUUGGUAAGAUUAGGGCAGGUGGUCUCAAAAUUUAUCCAUUUCAUUAGCCUGUGCCUUAAGUUUUAAGAGUGUAUUUUUUCAAUAACGUUGCUUAUUUCUUUAACCUUUUUCAUGAUUAAGUUUUUGUUUCUGUCAGUGACCAUGGAAGAGCCUGAGUAAUAUUAAAAACAUUUUCCCCUGAAUACAUUUGUUUAAGCAGUCAGGAAGGUGGUUUGACUAGACUGCGCAGUUGAAAGAUAAACACAGCCUGACAAAGGUUAUAUUUUAGUUUUGCAAUGGAUUUUGGAUAAACAAGAUCUGUUGAAGGAACGCCAAAAGGAUUUAAAGUUUCUCUCAGAAGAAGAAUAUUGGAAAUUACAAAUAUUUUUUACAAAUGUUAUCCAAGCAUUAGGUGAACAUCUUAAAUUAAGACAACAAGUUAUUGCCACUGCUACAGUCUAUUUCAAGAGAUUCUAUGCCAGGUAUUCUCUGAAAAGUAUAGAUCCUGUAUUAAUGGCUCCUACAUGUGUGUUUUUGGCAUCCAAAGUAGAGGAGUUUGGAGUAGUCUCAAAUACAAGAUUGAUUUCUGCUGCUACUUCUGUAUUAAAAACUAGAUUUUCAUAUGCCUUUCCAAAGGAAUUUCCUUAUAGGAUGAACCAUAUAUUAGAAUGUGAAUUCUAUCUUUUAGAACUAAUGGAUUGUUGCUUGAUAGUGUAUCAUCCCUAUAGACCUUUGCUCCAGUAUGUGCAGGACAUGGGCCAAGAAGACAUGUUGCUUCCCCUUGCAUGGAGGAUAGUGAAUGAUACCUACAGAACGGACCUUUGCCUACUGUAUCCUCCUUUCAUGAUAGCUUUAGCUUGCCUACAUGUAGCCUGUGUUGUACAGCAGAAAGAUGCCAGACAGUGGUUUGCUGAGCUUUCUGUGGAUAUGGAGAAGAUUUUGGAAAUAAUCAGGGUUAUUUUAAAACUAUAUGAACAGUGGAAGAAUUUUGAUGAGAGAAAAGAGAUGGCAACUAUUCUUAGUAAGAUGCCGAAACCAAAACCUCCUCCAAACAGUGAAGGAGAGCAGGGUCCAAAUGGAAGUCAGAAUUCUAGCUACAGCCAAUCUUAAAACAUUCCGAAGAAUUCCGUAGUGGACCAGUUGGAAAUAAACCAUUGGACAGAUUUCAGUAAUGUCUUCAAUGGAACACAAAUGAAAACGAAUAGCUUGUUUCUGUCAAGCAUAUUGGGAAGUGAUUUUAUUUUUGCAAAAUAAGUUUUUCCUUACCUAAUUUGAUUCUAGUACAUAAUUGAUUAAAGUAUCUUGAUUAUAAAAGUUUGGAAAGGUUCUAAGGGGACCUAUAGACAUUUCAAAAUUAAUAGUUUUUGAUUAGUGUCAUUUUUCUUAAUUUGGAUAAUAGAAAUUGUAGCUUUUUAUUAAGCCAGGAAACAUGAAGCAUAAUUUGUUUAAAAUUAUCUUUGGUCAUUGAAGGACCAAAAAAGGACAUAAAAAGUGAAAUAUAUGAGGGUUUUUUUUUCCCCUCCUUAAGUUAAACUUUAAAACUGUAUUUAAGGAAUCAAAUCUUACAAAAUCCUGGAAGAUUUUGGUAAUGAUGUUGAUAAUUUCAGGGAAAUUAAUCAAGUACCUAUUGAUUUUAAAGUGUAUUUUAUUCAGUAGUUUUAGUAUCUUGCCAUGGAAGAUACUAGCCCAGCCUAGCAGAAAAGUGCAAUAUGUAUAGCAUACUUUGACAUUUAAAAAGUUAUAUUAAUUCUGUAACCAUUUUGAAAUGCUGGGCAAAUUUUUUUUAAAAUCCUACAUGAAGUCAUUUGCAUUUGAUUCACAGUUAAAUCAGGCAUUUAGAAAGCUAAUUGGAUAAAACAUAGUAUGGUUGAAAUUUGGUAACAUUUUAAUGUUAAUUUUUACUCUACUGUGAAAAGUUUUUUAUAUGACAUACACACACUAGUUUAUUUUUGUGUCUUAGUGUGGAUUUACAAAUUUAUUACAGGUAUCCUGAGCCAGGAACACAAUCAGGUUUCAGGCCAGUUUGAUACUGGCUACUCUUAAUUCUCAUGAGCGUAGGACUUAAGACUAAAUGUUAUGUCAGUGGGACUGUGCUGUCUGUGGAACUUAAUAAAUUAAUCAUUUUCUUCAUACUUGAAGGAGAGUGAUAAAUAAAAUUUGGAGUCAUAGGAUAUUGAUGUACAAUUUAAGGAUUAAAAAUUUUACAAGUUAAUUGUGAACAAUGAAUUAUAAAAUUCAAUGUUGAUUUCCUAGUAUAAAAUUGCAAGAAUAAAAGUACGUUCUCCAGCCAUA